GAAUCGCUGCGCCUACGCUCUUCUCUUCUUCCCCUCUCUCCAAGAAUUGGGAUAUGGAGUGGUCAGUGGGGGUCGUUGAGGAGAAAAUUAGAAACCGACCCAAAAACAAAAACUUCACGAGAAAUUAAUUAAAGAAAAAAGUUACAAGUGGGGAAAAGGGAGACGAAAAGUUGGAUUGCAUUAGCAAUUUAAGCAUCCACGUCGCAUCGUAUCGAGUAAAGAACCAGAGAAACAAAGUGGUAUUUAUAUAAUUGGGGAGACCUCGCCAAACUUCUCCGUCCACAUUUCUUGUAAAUUGCGACUACCCACGAUAUAGGCAUGGGGAGGCUGUUCGUGGUGAGCCUGGAAGGGAGGAUCUAUAGCUGCAAGCACUGCCGAACCCAUCUUGCUCUUUAUGAGGACAUCGUUUCCAAGUCUUUCCAAAGCAGACAUGGGAAAGCUUACCUCUUCAAUAAAGUAGUGAAUGUAACUAUGGGAGCGAAAGAAACAAGAAUGAUGAUGACGGGAAUGCAUACCGUUGCUGAUAUCUUCUGUGUUGGCUGUGGAUCAAUUGUGGGAUGGACAUAUGAAACUGCUUUUGAAAAGAACCAGAAGUACAAAGAAGGGAAAUCAGUACUUGAGCGGUUCAAGGUGUCAGGCCCUGGUGGAACCAAUUACUGGGUCAGUCAUGCUCAUGAAGCAGCUCAUGGUGGAGUAAGUGAUGCAGAUGAAGCUUGAUUAAUGGUGAUCCAUAUCAUUCCAAUUGUACAUUCAUUCUUCAUACUCCCAAUGUUCAUAUUCAACUCCAUUGUUGUUCAUCUGUCAAUUCCUCAUUUCAGUAGCUAAUCUACUGCCGUUUGUCACAGAACUGGAAACAUUUUACUCUGAUUCUUCUGUAACUUAAUAUCACUACUAAAUCCCUUUGCAAUAUGAUGAAAUGUUCAUCAAA